GCCUGCACUAAUGGAAGUCCAGCCCAAUUAAGAUUCACUACUCUAUAUAUAUCCAUGGAUCACUCAGUUUCUCCCAAAAACCCUAAUCCCAAAAAACCCUAAUCUCCUUCGCCGUUUAAGCAGUAAGCUUAAGGAGCAGCCAUGGCUAGAAUAAAGGUACAUGAGCUGAGGAGCAAGUCGAAGACGGAUCUGUUAGGUCAGUUGAAGGAUCUGAAGGCAGAGCUUGCACUUCUUCGUGUUGCAAAAGUUACUGGUGGUGCUCCUAACAAGCUAUCCAAAAUUAAGGUGGUAAGGCUGUCGAUUGCACAGGUUUUGACCGUGAUCUCACAAAAGCAAAAGUCAGCUCUUAGGGAAGCUUACAAGAACAAGAAGUACUUGCCUCUUGACCUUCGCCCCAAGAAAACCAGAGCAAUCCGCAAACGUUUGACUAAGCACCAGGCAUCGUUGAAGACCGAGAGAGAGAAGAAGAAGGAGAUGUACUUCCCAUUGAGGAAAUAUGCAAUCAAAGUGUAGGAUAGGAUCCAUUUUGGAUGAGCUUUUUGUUUUUAGAUCAAAAAUAUUUGUCGAACUUACCAGCAAUACAAAUUUUGUUUUGCUUCGUUUUAAUUUUGUGCUUGUGACAUUUGAUACAUGACCAAAUAUGUUUGGAAUGUGACUUUAAUGUUGAUUUCCUGUUUGUUGUCA